AUGUCCACUUCGUUACCUCUUUCCAAUAUUCAUUCCUCCUCUCAUUCUACCAUGAAAUACCAUAGAGUGUCACGUUCUAGUUCUAGUAAUGAUUGUAAUCCUUCUGACACAUGGCUGAACCAUUUCAUGUGUUUUGAUUUUUUCUUAUUUUCCUCAGCAAAUAGCAACUUCAAAUAUACCACAAACGCGUGGUAUAGGACUCACGGAUAUCAUACUCCCUUUGACAUUUGGCUUAUCUUACAAUGGGUAAUAUCAUUGAUACUCGUUAUAGGAUACUUUGAGUUUUCAAUAAAAUUUAUAGUCGAAGACGAAAAGUAUAAAGCGCAAGCAUUUUUCAAGGAGGACGUUGAUGUUUAUAAUGUUCACAGAAGGAGGUCAACUUGGAGUUUUUUAGGAUUCUUAUUUUCUUUUAUUGCAAUUUUUACCAGUAUAAAAGUCUCUUUAACUGAUACAGCAGAUUCGCGUGUGAUGAGAGAAGGAAAGGAAAGAGACAUGACAUACUCGAGGACAAAAGGAAUUCCAGUUGUUGUAGAUGGCUGGUGUUGUAUUUGCAGAAGUAAUGUGUUAGUAUAA